AUGGCCUCUAAUGAAGUGGAAGUUGAUGACAAAGCCGAAUGGUCUGCUAAGAAUGAAGGAAAAUUCAUUCGUAUUUUGCAUGAGCAUGUUAAGAAAGGAGACAUGCAAACAUCUACUUUCAAAAAGAAAAUCUGGAACGAAAUAAGUGAUGAGUUGUUUGCUGAAACUACAAAAAGAUAUCUUGUGCCACAACUCAAGUCUAAGUUUAAUAGACUGCGCAAAAAACAUCGUGAGUUUUCUGAUUUGAUUGAGCAUACCGGAUUUGGAUGGGAUCCUAUUGCAAACACUGUUACCGCAUCAGAGGAAGUAUGGGCUACAUAUAUCAAGAGAGUGUCAGGAGUGAAACCCUAUCGUAAGAAAGGCUUGGAGCAUUAUGAAAUUUUAGGGGAAAUAUUUAACACUUCUACUGCAACAGAUGAUGAGCGAGAGUUAGAGAAAAAGUUUCUUAACAAUGGAGUUCAUAUCAAUCUUGAUGAGGAUUUCAAUGUCAAUAAUGCUCAAACUGAGACAAGGGCAAAAAGAAAAGCUGUGACAGAGGCUCCAUCUUCGGAGCGUCGUACAAAGAAAUGGGACAAAAUGGAAGCCUACUUAGAAAUUUGUGGUGAGGUGAUGAAAAAAAAGCUGCAACAAAAAAAAGAAAAAAAUGCUGAAGAGAAUAAGGAGAAGUAUUCCAUUGAAGAGUGUGUGCAGAUUAUCGAAAGGUUGGGAGACAUUGACGGUGCCACAUUUACUAAAGUGAUGGAAAAGUUUAUUGUUGUUGAAUGGAGGAGGCUUUUUCUUACCAUAUCAGAUGAAAGGAGAAGAGCUUGGCUUGCUAAUCUCUAG